AUGUACACCAAGGUCUUAGUCUUCUUGUGUGCCGCUGGAAUUGCGGCCGCCGGUAACCUUCUCCACGCACCAGUUGCUUACAGUUCCGCCCCGGCCGUGUCUUCUGUGUCGUACUCUACUCACGCGGCACCAAUAACAUACGCCGCUGCACCAGCACUGACCACUUACUCCGCAUCGCCCAUCGUCACAAAAACUCUGGCUCCAUCCGUGUCCUACCAAUCGAUUUCCACCCACUCAGCACCGGCACUCUACGCUAAGACCCUCGCAGCUCCCGCCGUCGCUACAUACGCCGCGCCUGUGGUAGCCAAAUCAGUUUCCUCCUAUGAAACCAUUUCUUCUCACUCUGGUCCCCUUACCUAUGCGUCAUCCGCCCCACUCUUAACAAAGACUUAUGCCGCUGCCCCCGUGAUUUCCAAGACCAUCUCUCCGGCUGUAUCUUACUCUUCUGUCUCUCAUACCCCAGUGUCAUAUGCGAGCCCGUUGGUGACUAAAACUUACUCUGCUGGCCCUCUCAUCGCGAAGUCUUACUCGCCCGCAGUCUCCUACUCUUCAGUCUCCUCUCAUUCUGCACCAGUUGCGUAUUCCGCUGGCCCAUUGCUGACGAAGACUAUCGCCGCACCAGCCGUCGCCACAUAUGCCGCACCUGCCUACUCCACAUACUCAGCUGUGCCAGCUCUCAAGACCGCCGUUACGUACUCCGCAGCGCCCGCCGUCUCUCACGUCACUUACACAGGCUUGGGCGCCAGCUACGGCUGG